CUUUUCCGUCUGCUCUUUCUUGCACCCUCCUUUUUUGUACCACAUCCAUUUUUAACUUUGUGCAUCACUUGACACUCAAAUUCAAAUGCCUCAGCCCAAGUUCAUACCUGCCGACGAGCUCGCCGAGCUCAUCCGCAGCCCACAAAAGGUAGCUGGGACCGACUACUUGAUCGUUGACGUCCGGGACUUGGACUACGUUGGAGGCCAUAUCACGGGCGCAAUUAACGUCCCGGCGCAUCUCAUUCGUGGCCAGGCACCAGUUCUGGCCGACCAGUACAAGCAUGUGCCCAGAAUAGUGUUCCACUGCGCACUGUCGCAGGUGCGUGGCCCAAAGUCGGCGCGUAUAUACAGUGAGUGCGUAGAGGAUAGGCUUGAGUCUGCCGAAGUGGGCGACCAGCUGUUCGAACAGGAAAUCAAUAUUCUUCGCGGUGGAUUCGAUUCGUGGCUUGUGCGCUUUAAGGAUACUGAACCGGAGCUUAUUGAGGCCUAUGACGCGACGGUUCCAAGAGACACAGUUUAAAGCCAUUGUAGAGGCGCUCACGAUAGAAAAUAGAUCCAUUGAGCGAGAUAUAGAACAAGUAUAAAACAUGUAUAAAACAAAAA